AUGAAGAUGGAAACUACACACCUGCCAACAGUUAGCAGAGUGCCUCUGGACGACCCUGACCUGACUAUCUAUGUUGAUGGAUCAAGAUAUGCAGAUCAUGAAGGGAGGUACCACACCGGAUAUGCUGUCACUACCAGAGACACAAUCCUCCAUGCCUCUGCAUUGCCCCCCUCUAAGUCCGCACAAGAAGCAGAACUUCAGGCCCUAAUCAUGGCAUGCAAGCUGGCGGAAGGGAAGAAGGCUAACAUUUAUACGGACUCAAGAUACGCUCUUGGAGUGGCCUGUGACUAUGGUGUCCUGUGGAAGAAUAGGGGUUUUCUGACAGCAGUGGGUACACCUAUAAAACACAGCGCAGCAGUCAGGGACCUGAUUGAUGCUCUGCUACUUCCUACCCAAGUGUCAGUUCUCAAGGUAAAGGCACAUGGCAGACUGAACACUUAA